CUCCACCAUAAAGAAGUUACUGUCAGGUAAACCAAACAAACUAUUUCAACACCUUUAUAUCUCCAGCCACCACUACAUCACCCCCAUGGCCCAGGCAGUUAACUAUUGAUAGACUGAUGUUGUAAUAAGGGAACGUAGGGACUCUCGAACAAGCAGAAUGGGACCCAAACGUAAUAAGAAACUAAAAGUAAAUGACGAGAAGACAAAUGCUGAAGAUCAGUCUCACUCUGCCGAUGAGGAAAACAGCACAAACACUAGCGGUCCAAAAACUGUUCCAGGGAAUCCCAUUAACUGUGGGACACUUCCUGAACAGUUUCUGGACAUUGAGAAAGAUCAGUGUGAAGAACUCCUGAAAUUAGACUAUGGACCAGGGAUAUGUUACAUAUAUAAUCCUGUCGACUACGCUCAUGAAAUUCACUCAGAUUUUGUCACAAAGUUCUGCAAAGGACAAAAGAAAGUGCUUAUAUUGGGGAUGAACCCAGGACCAUGGGGGAUGGGGCAGACUGGGGUACCUUUUGGACAUGUUGCUUACGCCAAAGAUUGGUUGGGCGUCAAGGGUCGUGUUUCAAAGCCUGCAAAGGAACAUCCCAAGCGUCUUAUUACUGGACUUGAGUGUACAAGGAACGAGGUGAGCGGUGAUCGUAUGUGGGCAUUACUGAAGGAACUGAGUGGCACCCCUGAUGUGUUAUUUACCCACAUCUUCCUUCACAACUACUGUCCUCUCUUCUUUCUCAAGGAGUCUGCAAAAAAUGUUACACCUCCAGAACUGAAAGUAAAAGAACGGUCUAGCUUAGAAGCAAUCUGUGAUGCAGCAUUAGUGAGGACAGUUGAACUUCUUGGGGUUGAGCAUGUUCUUGGUGUGGGGAACUACGCCAAAGAACGAGCAAAGGCUGCUUUACGGAAGGCAGGCUUGGAAACUGUCCAAGUUAGUGUAUUGAUGCACCCCAGCCCGGUCAACCCAGCGGCAAAUAAAGGUUGGAGAGAAAUUGCCAUAAAGCAGUUGACAGAAAAUAAUAUUAUACAAUACUUUAAGCCAUAAGUUUAAGGUUGCUCAUGGGAAAGACUCA